AUGAGCGACUCUGUUGAUGAAGAGGAAGAACCAGAAUAUGUCGAGAUGCUCACAAAUUACAGAUCAUUCCUGUGCCCAACAAAUAUGAUCAUUUCUUCUUGUCUGAAUAGCAAAGAGACUAGUGAGACUGUUGAUAGGAAUUCGCCUGGAACAGAUGUGAAGCAUUACAAGCAUAGUAUAUUGUGGGAUUGUGAUUUGUCUCUUCAAGAGCUUUUAAGGGUGCUGCGAGUCUAUGCUAAGAAGAUGAGGAGACGUGCUUCGCUUGUCAACUUUGAUGCUUAUGUUUAUCAUCAAUUGCGAGUCAGAACAGCCGUUGUUACUGAGAAGUGA